AUGUUGCCUCCACGGCAACGGCCGCGACCUGGACGGCUGCAGCCUUCCCUAUCAAUAGGUGGGUCAACAUCGAUGCGUGCCGGCUCGCGCGAAACAUGGGCCAUUGCUGAUGCUAUUUUGGCCAAAAAACUGGACAAGGGAAAGGAAAAGGUGGGUGAUUGUUCUGAUAAUAUGUCUCUGCUAGACAUAGUUAGAGGAGAAGUGGAUAUAAUAUCUCAACGGCUGAAACAUCUUUCGGAGGAGUUCCUAGAGGGGCUCAAGAAUGAGCUUCGGGUUAUUCUUGAAGGAGCUGAUGGUUCUCAGCAUGGAGAUGAGUUUUUGAUACUGCAGAAGCUCAUUCAGAAAAGAGGUGAUUUGACAGCUAAUACUCUGACUAGAGCUCACCGAGUUCAGCUGGAAAUUCUUGUUGCAAUCAACACAGGAAUGCAGGCAUUUCUUCAUCCAAGUAUGAGUCUCUCUCAAACUUCUCUCAUCGAGGUUUUUCUAUUCAAGAGAUGCAGAAACAUAGAAUGCCAAAGUCAGCUUCCAGCAGAUGACUGUACCUGCAAGGUCUGUGCUAAUACAGAUGGUUUCUGCAAUCUUUGCAUGUGUGUGAGCUGCAAUAAGUUCGAUUUUGAGGGGAAUACCUGCCGUUGGAUUGGUUGUGACCUGUGUUCUCAUUGGACCCACACGGAUUGUGCUAUUCGUGAUGGCCAAAUCGGCAUGGGGGCUGAUGUUAAAACUGGAGCAGGCACAACUGAGAUACUCUUCAGGUGUGGAGCCUGCAAUAGGACAUCUGAGCUGCUGGGUUGGGUUAAAGACAUCUUCCAAAUCUGUGCACCAAGCUGGGACCGGCAGACUUUGAUGAAAGAGCUUGAAUUUGUCACUAAAAUCUUCCGUGGUAGUUUGGAUUCCAGAGGAAGGAGACUUUCAUGGAUAUGUGAGGAUCUCAUAGAAAAAAUGAAAUGCGGGAUGUCCGAAUCAGUGGCUUGUAGGAUAAUAAUGUUUUUCUUUCAAGAGCUCGAGAUUGAAUCCUCAAGGAGCAAAUUUGAGGAAAUUGGUCGGAUGAUAGCUCCACAGGAGGCGUGCAGCCGAAUUUCUGAGGUACUGCAGGAAGCCAUUGCAAAAAUGGAGAAGGUGGAAGAGGAGAGGGCUCGAAUGUUGAAGAAAGCCAGACUGGAUCUUGAGGUUUGUGAUCGGGAGCUUGAGAAUAAGGCUAGAGAAAUGAUGGAGCUAAAGAUGGAAAGGAAGAAAAAGAAGGAAGAAACUGAGGAGCUUGAGAGCAUAGCGAGGCUAAAGCAGGCUGAGGCCGAUACGUGGGAACUGAAGGCCAUUGAGGCAAGGCGAGAGGCUGAGAGACUCCAGAGCAUUGCACUCCCCAUAUCACACAAGGCAAAGAAAGAACAUAGCAGCGGGUAUCUUCAACUCCGUUUGAAUAAUGAGACUUAA